AAAUGACAUGUGAAGGCUGCUCUGGGGCUGUACAACGGGUUCUAAAUAAAUUAAAAGGUAAAGUUUUUAGUUCACAUAUGUUCAUUUUGCUCUGGAAGAGACGAUUAUCAUUAAUAAAAUAAAUUUUGGUAGAUAAUCCGGACCAAAAAGUGGAAGAUUUUGAUAUCAGCCUGGAAAAGCAGUAUGUUAAAGUAAAGAGUAGUUUAUCAGCUGAUGAAAUACUGCAAGUUAUAAAGAAAACCGGUAAAGAAGCCGAAUUUGUGAAAACUGAAUAGACAGCCGAACAGGAAAAGGAGGCAAAGAAGACAUAAACUAAAUUUACGGUGAUAUAUUGUUGGUAUUUUUAUAUUUAAUUAAACCGAUGUAUAAUACUGGGAAGUUAUGAUUUACUCCAAAAGCAUUUUCCUUGAACUACCUGUCACGUCAGCACCAGGAAUGUGAGGUUAGGCUGUGUUCUGUGGAUUAGUCGAUAGGCUGACACAUGACGGGUAAACAAAUAAUGACCUUCAAGUGAGUUUAGGGGUCGUUUGAAGAUCGUAUAAAGUGGCACAGGCACACACAUCUACUGAUGCGGCGGAAUAGGUAUUUUAUCAGUUUGAAAAAGAUAUAACAUUAUUUGAUCUCUAGAUUGUCAACUGUGUCGCUGAUCUAGAUCGUCUAGUUUGCCGUAUUAGUAAAUUUAUCCUGUAAUAAAUUAUGUAAGUAUAUUUUGGAUGGACUUUUUUUUAUCAAAGCAGGCUAGUUUCAAAAUUGCUGAAGGGAGUGUCAGAUUGAUAACUCGAAAAGUCUAUUGAGAAAUAUAAGAAAUGGCAGAUACAUGUCCUGCUCGGGUAAUUGCUUAUUCUAGUUUUAAAAUAGUUUCUAAUAUGUUUUGGUUGACGAGAUUUUCAUUCAUUGCCAAAAAUGCUUGGCCUGUGGUGUCGCCUCAGCUGCAGCAAAGGUGCUUUUCGAAUGGAGUCGGUAAUUUUUCCAAGACAUUGUUGCUCCAGUUCCAGCAAAGAUGCUUCUCAGAUGGAUGUCCAGGUGGGAUGGGUCGCAAAUUUGUUGUGGGGGGUAACUGGAAGAUGAAUGGCACCAAAAAGCAGGUAGAUGAGAUUUUGGAUUUUCUCAAAAAAGGCCCCCUGAAUGCAGACACUGAGGUCAUUGUUGGUGUGCCAGCAGUGUAUUUAGACUAUGUAAAAUGCAAUGCACCUCCUGGUGUUGAAGUGGCUGCCCAGAAUUGUUACAAGGCAGAAAAGGGAGCAUUCACAGGCGAGAUCUCGGCGUUGAUGCUUAAGGACAUAAACGUGGGCUGGGUAAUCUUGGGCCAUUCGGAGCGUCGGCAAAUCUUCGGCGAAACAGAUGAUUUGAUAGCAGAAAAAGUCGCUUUUGCAUUGGAUAGUGGAUUGAAAGUAAUUGCCUGCAUUGGAGAAACUCUUCAAGAGAGAGAGGCUGGAAAGACUGAAGAGGUAGUGUUCAGGCAAAUUCAAGCUAUUGCAAACAAGAUCAAGGAUUGGACUAACGUUGUGAUUGCUUAUGAACCAGUUUGGGCCAUUGGCACAGGCAAAACGGCUACCCCAGAACAGGCUCAAGAGGUACACAAAGCGCUAAGAGGCUAUAUAUGCGAGAAAAUCAGCCCCAGUGUUGCCGAAAGUGUAAGAAUUCAAUAUGGAGGCUCGGUGACGGGUGCUAACUGCAAAGAUUUGGGAGCAAAGCCUGACAUUGAUGGAUUUUUAGUCGGUGGAGCCUCAUUGAAACCGGAAUUCGUGCAAAUUGUCAAUGCUAGGCAGUAAGAAUGGGUAGAAUUCGUGAUUUCCUAUUAGGAUUUAUCAUUUAUGGAUCUUUAUGACAUAUAUUUAUUGAAUAUGGUUUACACUUAAAAAAUAUAAGUAUUAAUUUAC